GACGAAAUGAAGAUAACCUUUGCGAUAGCCUUGCUGGCAAUAGCAGUUUUCAAAGAAUCGCAUCAACAGUGCUUUCCGCCUUACGUAGGACGACAACCCAGUAAAACUGGACAUUUGGACUUGUAUUCUGGACAACAGGAAUUUUCCCUCGCUCUGCUGAGUGCCAUCAAUAAGGUGUUGCCAAAUGACAAUCUGUUUUUCUCGCCAUAUUCAACGUAUCAUGCGUUACUUAUGGCUUAUUUCUUGUCAGGGAAACAGACGGAGCAAUACUUGAAAAAGGUUUUAAGGCUGAACCCAAACCAGGAAAAAUCGGACAAUUACGCAGCUUACAAAACUGAAAAAUUUCUUACGGCACUCUUAGCCAAGAAUGUACCGUACGAAUUUAAAAAUGCUAAUAAAAUAUACGUCGAAAAGGGGGUGCCAGUCAGAGACUGCGUAAUGAACGAUUUUCCAGAUGAGUUGGAAUUGAAAGACUUCCAAACUAAUCCAGAAGCAGCGCGAUUAGAUAUUAAUAAUUGGGUUGAAAAUAUAACUCAUAAUAUGAUUAAGGAUCUUUUACCUCCUGGAACUAUCGACACCCAAACCAAUUUGGUAUUGGUUAACGCUGCUUACUUCAAGGGAUUGUGGGAAAAUAAAUUUCCACCGGAAUCAACCAGACAGGAGGUGUUCUAUGUCAGUCCAACCAAGCAAAUUUCUGUUAAUAUGAUGCACGUUGAAGGUACUUUCAAACAUGAUGUAUCUGAAGCUCUUGGAGCCCACAUCCUCGAAAUGCCUUACAAAGGCGGCAAUAUAAGUAUGUACAUCUUACUACCGCCUUGGUCUGACACGGAAAACUCGAUAGAAAUGACUUUGAAAAAAUUGACGCUCGAGAACUUCAAAUCUGUUAUUGAAAAUGACAAAUUGAUUCCUAAGACUGUGCAAGUAGCUUUUCCCAAGUUUUCAUUAGAAACUACUCUCGAAAUGACGCCGAUUCUAGAUUUUUUGGGUGUGGGCAACCUAUUCAAAGCGGACGCUGACUUCAGCGCUCUGUCCCCACAAAAAGUGUCGCUUGGUGAAGGUAUACACAAAGCAAGAAUCGAAAUCAACGAACACGGGUCGCAGGCCGCUGCCGCCACUGCGUUUUUCACGUGGAGAAUGAUGGCAGACGAAGACGACAAUGUUAACUUCACGUGCAAUAAACCAUUCAUUUACCUCAUUUACAAUCGCAAAGCACAUACAGUUUUGUUCAGUGGCAUAUAUAAAUCACCACCAUUAAAUUGAUAUGAGUAGAUAAACAUUUUAGACAAAGUUUGUGAUAAUACCUAAAGGUAUAAUAUAUACCUGUAGUGUUUAAUAACCCAUUUCGCAUUCUUCAGUAGCAAAUAGUUUUUUUAGUUACACUACCUGUGACUUUAUGUCACUUUUAUAAUUGUUUCCUGAUGUAAUCUAAUAAUACAACUCUUGAAUACAGAUAAAUCACAUGUAGGGGAAAGUGUUCCACAAUGAGACAUAAAUUACGUUUCGGUGGGUUUCCAGAGGUUAUGAUUGAAUUUUGUAAUUUUGUUGUUUCAUGCACAUAGAUUGACAUAUUUCUCGUCAUUUAACGCAAUAAGUUUAUCAAUAUAUCGAUUCAGAAAAUAAAUAGUAAUUUUUUUUAAAUCGUGAUUUUUGUCUCAUUGUGGAACAAGUAUGUGCCACUAUGAGACAGAAACUUUUUAGACCAAAAAACAAUACAAAAAAUAUGAAAAAAUAUAUAAUAAAGGAAAAUGAACAUUUUUUUGAAAAAAACAGUAUCCAAAAAACGUAUUUUGCUAGAUAGGACUUGCCUCUAAGUUUUCCCAGUCGUUAAAUAUUUGGAAAGUAUUAUUUUGAUGUUUUUAUCAUACUUAUAUCUUCUGUUACGGGGUGGAAAAAACAGUUGUUAGACUUGUUACUUUUACGAAGAAAUGAAAUUUCAAAUUCAUCUUCUUUUUUAUUUAAAAUUUUUCCGACACAAAAGAUAACAGUUUUUAAUUCAUCAAAUUGAACUAAAACGUAGUCCCCAGCGAUUGGUUGUCGCUCCAUUGCAAGAAAGUUAUCUUUAUCAAAGGCAUCUUCAAUAUCACUAGCAUCUUCAGAGGAGCCCCUAGUUUCUUCCUGAUAGGAUUCCCUAUCAGACUCUUCACUAGAAGAUUCUUUAAACACUCUGGUCUUAACGUCAUUUAAUUUUCCUUGCUUUUUUCUCAUUUUUAAUUCCGCCUGCCUCACUCUCUCCUUGGAUUUUGCUUUUAUUUCAUUAAGUUCUGGCGUGUCUGUAGCUAUGAUACUCUUCUUUUUUCUAGCCCUGUUCUUUUGUAUUAAUUCUGGUGCUUUCGGAUAGCCUUUCAGAUUCUUGAAUCUCAUUCUUAGAAGUUUCAAUUGUUGUGCCAUUGCAAUCAUGAUUAUCAGCCCAGGGCCGCCGAGAGCCAGACCGGGCGCCAGGACAAUUCUCUAGAUCGGGCCCCGCAACAAAAAAAAGCUCUUCAAACAACAAACUUUUCCUCCUCUCGUCUUGUGCCGAACUUCUGAUAGAAAACAACAAAAAUCCGGUCGCCGGGCCCCUAUUUGAGUCCGGACCCCGGGAAUUAGUCCCAGCUGCCCCCCCCCCCCCUCUAGUCGGCCCUAAUCAGCCGUAAUGGUUUCAAAUGUUUCGUCUCCGCAAUCCCCAGUAAUGUGAUGCUCAGAUGGACCAGCAAUUUCAUCAGCUGGUUGGCAUCGAUCAGUGACACUGCUAGCAAUAUAAUCGUCGUCCGUGAAAAUGUUUGAAACCUGCUGUUAUAUUUUUGGGGGUCAUAGAUUUUUCAAACGCAACACCAACACAUUCAGCUAUUUCAUAAAUUGAGAUCGGACGGCCUGGAUUCCUUAGCAUCCACGAUUCAACUGCAGCAUUAUAUUGGGAUUUGAAUGGGAAAAAAACCGAAAGAUCUAAAGGCUGCAAUUUGGGAGAGGUGUGCGGUGGCAAUGUCAAGAUAAUAACUCCAUUUUUCUUUGCUAGAUCAAGAACAUAAGCCGAUAAAUGGCUUUCAUGGUUAUCCAUAAUUAAUAGUGUGGGAUUGCCUACACUACUCGAGGUAUGAUGUAUAAAAUGAUUCAUGAGUUCUAUAAAUAAAUCUAUUGUCAUCCAUCCUGAUGGUUGUGCAAGGCCUAAGGUACCGGGAGGAGCGCUGUGCAGCAUGUGCUGUUUAAAUUUCUUUCUUGGGAAAACCAUAACUGGUGGAAUAAAGCUUCCAGUUGCGUUCACAGUGCAGCAGGUGGUUACUAAUAUUCCGCGUUCACCGCUAGUUGCUGAGCUAACUCGUUUAAUUCCCUUUUUUGUUACAACUUUACGUGGUUUCUGAACAGUAGUGGUUGCGGUCUCGUCUAGGUUGUAGAUGCGAGUCCCAUCUGCAAAAUGCUUUGAACGCUGAUAGAUGGAUUCCAAAUUGGCAAAAAAUUGGCCUACAAUAUUCUUAUUAAAUGAAGUAGCUCUGGAAAGGCUACAGCUUUCUAGUUGUCUUACACUCAACUCAGGGUUCCGUGACAUAAAACCUAAUAACCAUUCCAUCCCUGCCCGUUUAUUAAUUUUCCAUUUUUCAGGAAUGUUAAAUUUAUUUGCAUCGGCUACUUCAAAAGCAAGUAUUCGCAAAUCUUUCCUAGUUUUGCCGUAGCACAUUUUCGAACUUAUUUCGCACUUAUUUCUUGGACAUUCUGUAUAAAGUACACAUCAUUUGAGAAGUAUGUUUUUAAAUAGGUAGGUAUAUAAAAUAAGAAUCUUAUUGAAAAAAAAUAUAUUCAGAAAAUAUAAUCCAUAAAAAAAUUACCAAACCAAAAAUUCCCAUUAAUAUUGAUAAUUAUUGAAAUAUAAAUCUAGAUUUUCUUAAAUGGCUAUUGAAGUAUGCGAGAUUGGUCAGAAAACCCCGUUAUUACAGAAAUUAGUAAUUGUCUUCUCCCAAAACCAAUACGAAGAAUAAUUUUAAUGAAUUAUCUAGUAAUAAGCAAAUAAACAGGUAUUUAACAUUGUUUUGUACGUAUUAAAAAUAUAAGAUAUUUAUUCUGGUCAGUAAGUUGUACCUACAAGUAUUAUCUUGAAUUAUUUAAAAACCAACUGUUUAAAUCGAAGAAUUAAUAGAUCUUUUUAAUCCUUAAUAUUUACUAUGCUUCUUUCAAUAGAAUAAAAAGUUUUGGCUAUUAUUCUAUAUGAAAUAGCGGUAUCAAUCAUUAAAAAAACAGCUGUUCAACUCAUUAAAAAUUAUCUGUAAAAUAAUACACACUUAAUAACCCCUCUAUAAACAUAGUUGGCGACGGUUUAGAGUUAUAUCACUACAUCAGGGAGAGAUUGCCUUUCGAUUAUCUGAUAUAUUGAAAGAUUAUAUUUUAAAAUAGGGUCAUCAUUAAAUUUUUUACUAAUGAUAAAAAAAUUGACUCUGAAUUGAAUGAUACGCCAACUAACCAUAUGCAAUUGAAAGGGUAAGGAUAAUAAACCAUUU